AUGACGCGGGAAUUGGCGGGUUUUGGGACGAAAACAUUUGUAGCUUUAGCAUUAAGUUUUUAAAACCGCAGCUAAGGGUAAUAAUUCCUGAGCGAUGUUUUAACAUUUCACUCACUUCCUCAUGCUUAUAUUUCACUCUCAGAGUCAGCAGACCGCCAUUUAGCGUGUUUCGGUGUGAAGUUUAGAGAGUCAGCACGCUUCCCCGGUGAGCUGGGGCUUCAUCUGGAUGUCUGACAUGGAGUCGUUUCAGAAAGUGGAGAAAAUCGGAGAGGGGACAUAUGGAGUGGUUUAUAAAGCUAAAAACAAAAUCACCGGUGAAACCGUGGCUUUGAAGAAAAUCAGACUGGACACGGAGACUGAAGGUGUGCCGAGUACUGCCAUUCGAGAAAUCUCCCUGCUGAAGGAGCUCAACCACCCCAAUAUUGUCAAGCUGCUCGAUGUCAUCCACACAGAGAAUAAGCUUUAUCUCGUGUUUGAAUUUCUUCACCAAGACCUCAAGAAAUUUAUGGACUCAUCCUCGGUUACUGGCAUUUCACUUCCGCUGGUCAAGAGCUACCUGUUCCAGCUGCUCCAGGGUUUGUCUUUCUGUCACUCUCACCGGGUUUUACACAGAGACCUGAAACCUCAGAACCUGCUCAUCAACGCACAAGGAGAAAUUAAACUGGCCGACUUUGGCUUGGCCAGGGCUUUCGGUGUGCCCGUGCGCACAUACACGCAUGAGGUUGUGACUUUGUGGUACAGAGCACCAGAAAUUCUACUGGGCUGUAAAUAUUAUUCCACAGCUGUUGACAUCUGGAGUUUGGGCUGCAUUUUUGCUGAAAUGAUUACUCGGAGAGCUUUGUUUCCUGGCGAUUCAGAAAUUGAUCAGCUGUUCCGGAUUUUCCGAACCCUCGGCACUCCCGAUGAGUCGGUGUGGCCAGGUGUGACCUCCAUGCCUGACUACAAGCCCUCUUUCCCCAAGUGGGCGCUGCAGGACCUGUCUAAAGUCGUACCCCCUCUGGAUGACGAUGGCAGAGACCUGCUCGCGCAAAUGCUGAGAUACGACCCCAACAAGAGAAUCUCGGCCAAGAACGCCCUCGUUCACCGAUUCUUCCGUGACGUCACCAUGCCGAUUCCCGCUUUGCGGUUUUGAGGCGUGCGUUUGUGUCUGGUAUAGGCUGUAGAGGCAGAGCAAUUCCAUUUAUCAUCUCUUCUUCCGAAGGAUGUUCUUCCUCUAACCCAGAGACUGUUACUCAUUUUCAGUCAAUGCUUUGGUGCCUUUUAUAUACCGGAGUUCAGUUAAAGUUGCGGUAUUGUUCGGAAGGUUGAAGUUUCUAAGCACAGUGUGCUCAUCUGCUCCGAUUGUGUACCCUGUGCUUGUGUAUUCUGCACUCUGUUCUUUCCAGAAGGUGACAUUCCCUAACUCUGUGAACUGCUUAUUCAGGAAUUAGUUGACUGUCUGUUCUAAAACAAUUCUCUUCAUUAAGAGUCCUAUGAUACACCAGCAUAAAAAUAUUUAUUUUGGCUUGCCCAAAAUGGUCACUUUUUGAUAGUUCUGAAUAUUUUUUUGUAAUUGGUGUUUUUAUGCCUUUUUAAGGCAAAUUUUUAUCCCUGUUUGAUAAUUAUACAUAAACUUAAGAUUAAAAAAAAAAAGAAGUGUUUGUUUUAAUUUGUGUUCAACAGAUUGAUGAGUAACAUUGCAAAAAAUAUCUUGAAUAUGGGCAUGUUUAUCUAAUAUUUCUUAUGAUGAGUAAUUUUAUAUUUGAUUACAUUUCAUAUUCAGUCUGUUUUUAGGUGUUAUUCAUUUCAAGCUUUACAUCUUCUCGUUCUAUUGCCAGAUAUUUUUUGCUUUUUUCUAGAAACGUUUAAUAGCACUACUUUGAGCUUGAAAUUAGUACAAUGUUUAGAAAUAGGUUUAAUUAUCGCAUUUGUUUUACCAUAACCAUAAUAGGAAAUACUGGAGAAAUUUGAUUACGUGGACAAGCCAGAAGCCUAUUCGGAAAAUGUUUUGUGGACGGAUGAGACCAAAAUUGAACUUUUUGGUUUAAAUGAGAAGCGUUAUGUUUGGAGAAAGGAAAACACUGCAUUCCAGCAUAAGAACCUUAUCCCAUCUGUGAAACAUGGUGGUGGUAGUAUCAUGGUUUGGGCCUGUUUUGUUCCAUUGUUUCAUCAGUGAAUUAUAAAGGAAAAUGUCAGGACAUCUGUCCAUGAACUGAAUCUCAAGAGAAGGUGGGUCAUGCAGCAAGACAACGACCCUAAGCACACAAGUCAUUCUAUCAAAGAAUGGUUAAAGAAGAAUAAAGUUCAUGUUUUGGAAUGGCCAAGUCAAAGUCCUGACCUUAAUCCAAUCGAAAUGUUGUGGAAGGACCUGAAGCGAACAGUUCAUGUGAGGAAACCCACCAACAUCCCAGAGUUGAAGCUGUUCUGUACGGAGGAAUGGGCUAAAAUUCCUCCAAGCCGGUGUGCAGGACUGAUCAACAGUUACCGGAAACAUUUAGUUCAGUUGUUUCUGCACAAGCGGGUCACACCAGAUACUGAAAACAAAGGUUUACAUACUUUUGCCACUCACAGAUAUGUAAUAUUGGAUCAUUUUCUUAAAUAAAUAAAUGACCAAGUAUAAUA